UUACAAUGGUCAGACCAACGACUAACAUAGAGCAGUAGAGUGAGACAAAGAUAUUUUGUGGUAUUGGUGUAUUGGUAAUAUCAAUAUCGAAAGACCAAUUACUGAAAAUGGGACGCAAGUGGAGAAGUUCAAACGAAGCGCCUUAUAUUGUGAAGAAAUUAUAUUUUGAGAAAAUUCUGGAUUUUGGCUUCAAAGCACGGUGGCAAAUCAAGAAAGCUCGUGAAGCAGUUUUUUUCAAUGUUGAAGUCUAUAGGAAUCAAGAACUUGAGAGACAAGAAGACAAACUAGAUGGCGAAUCUCUCACUAUUGUUGGAUGCAGACCGUCGUCCGAGUACAAAGUUGUAGUUUACCCUGUAAAUGCCCAAGGAGUUGUCAAUGGACCAGCAAUAAGCGGAAUAUUUUUGACAGGUACAACGCCAAUAUAUGGUUUGCGAGUGAAUGAAGACAAAAAUGCAAUUUCUUUGUCUUGGGUCGAACCUCAAGAAGACAAUAUUCAAUACAAAAUUCAAAGCUAUAAAAAGGGUUUUUUGUGGGGAUGGAAUCUCAUUGGCUGUGAAGAUACGACACAGCCACACUUUUGGCUCAAAUCACCAACGCCAGGAGUAAAGUAUCGGUUCACAAUCCAGGCAAAAAAUUCUCAUGGCCUAGUUGGAAAGAAAAAAGAAAUUUAUAAGAAAUGUACCGGCAAAUGCACUGUACAUUUUCACAUUGUGAAGAAGGAUCCCAACGAUAUAAUGGUUUUAUACAUGUCAGAUGAGGAAAAACUGGAAAAAUAUCUAAAAACAUGGAUUGAUGAUGGAUACAGCACUAUUCGUCCAGUAUCAAUCCCCAUCAUCAUGUACAGCUCGAGAAAAUACAAGAGUAAGCUACACUGCGAAGCAAGAUCUGUUCCUGUCUACCCAGACAAAGGUCACGAAUUGGAGGAUCAGUUGCUUCUCGAUGACCACCUGGUGGCUUAUAAAUUUGUUGCCAAAGCUUCGGAGAAAGGCGAAUUCGUACUCGAAUUCAAGGUAGAGGAAAAUGGCGACGUCAUCAAGACUGAACCAUUUGUCAUAAGUUCAGCUGGCGCUCAACCUCUUCAUCAGUAUCAUGUUCAAGCUGCCAAUGCAAACUUUGGAGAAAACGGUGGAGAUGUUACAGUUGAGGGAGGAGGGGUUCUCAAUGUUGGUUCUGGACAAAGCCAUAAUUCAGGCAUUUCUACAGAAUCUGUUCAAGGACAUUCAGUUCCUCAAGGAAAUAGACCAAACAAUCGAAUCAGACGUUCGCUUAGAAGAUCCAGCUUUAACUCAAUAACCCGGAAACCUGGAUAUCGACCGUUGUGAUGUUUCGAGCAAGAAACGAGCAAACUUGUAUAAAAACACAUAAGUUUGUUUGUCAAACAAGCUUAAUUCGUGCAUCACCACACACUUAUGUACAGGACUGUGGAAAACGACUCUAGCUUCAAGAAAAUCAAAUUAUGAUAGUGAAUUUUUAUUCAUCUUAUUUGAUUAAUCUCCUAUGCUUUGUUUUCUUUAUUAUCAGAAUUGGGCCUUUUGAGAUGUGUUUUUCUCUAAUUUAUGCAAAUUACUUACCUGAUUUUAUUCUGUGUGUCAAUAUAAAAAUACCGGUACUCCCAAAGUACGUGAACCAAGAUGACGGACACCGGAACUUAGUAAGUGUAGAAGGUUAAGGUUAGGCCAUAAUUUCAGGUACAAAAUACUUGGAAUAAAAUUAUGCCCUAACCCUAACCUGGUACAUAUAUGCCUACUAUGUUCCGAUGUCCGCCAACUUAGUACACAGACUUUGGGAGUACCUACCUAUAUAUACCUACAUAGAUAGUGCUCAUAUUCAUACCCGCACUGUCCUAAGAUUAAAUGUAUAGCUUUAUAUUGUUUGUUUAUGAUUGUUGAUUCAUCAUGCUUAACUUUAAGAUAACAUGUUUAUCAAUUCACUGCUAGUGCUAAUUAACAUUUGCUAUCAGUAAUGGUUCUAACUUUUUUUUUCUUUUCCACCUAUUUUGGAUUUCUUUAUUCCUCCCUCACUAUGCAUAAAAAGUUUGUCGCAGAAUAAAAUUGAUUUAAAAAGUGCAAUAUCUUGUUGUUUUUUAUCGACUUUUAUCUAUGCAUUAUAUAAUUCCUUUUAAUGCUUUUUGUGACAUUGCAUUAUGGUAUUAUUAUUAUUUGUGCAAUAUAAAUUUCUAAUUUCAACUUAUUGGUGCUUGCUCUAGCAUAAUCUAAGUACAGACAGUUAGAUAACUACGAUUCUUUUUGAGUUGUGAUGUGAUUUAGGAGUCUUACUGAACACUAACACAAGUAUAUUUUUGUACAGGGAAGUUUCCUCUUUUUAUUUUUUGUGCCAUUUGUGUUAGAGCGCAUAAUCUUGAAUCACUUAAAAGAGUCAUCUUUAUUUCUGCUUUAGUAUUGUUUCAUCAUGAGCAUAUGGCUCAACUAACACAAGGAUUUAUUUCUUUUUCCACUUUGAACCUCUAUAAUAUCGUCCCUAAAUUAUCGCACCCCCGUUCUAGAAUUGCUGAAAAUAGUAUUUACAUAUGUGUAAAUAGCGAAGCCAUUGUAUUACAUUCAAUAAUUUCAUGUAUCUCAUUUUAACAGUCUUACGAUAAAGGAGAAGAGGGGAGAGUUUUUUCACAAUUCAAUGUAUUAAAGGCCUUGUACUUUUAACCAAACCUCAUGAUUCACCAUUCUCACACUCUCUAAGAACACUUUUUGCAUCCCUGGGGCUGCGCGUGCACCUCAUGCCAAAAACAUUGAUAUAAAGAAAAGAUAGCUAUGAUAUU